UUGACUCCGUUCACGAUUUGAAUCUCGUUGAUAUUUUAAUCUUAUAACACGUUUAUAGGUGGCACUUGGUACCGCAAGCAACCUCUCGCUCUCGGAGAAUCUAACCCGAUAAAAUCUGCUUUCCCCUUCUCUGCGUUUUAGCGAGAUUGGGUUUCGGUUUCAUGGCGGUCUCAAAGCUCCUCUUUUUCUCGUUCUUUUUUGCCCUAGUUUUCUCCACCGUUUGGCCUGAUGAAUCUAUCGAAGCCGACGCUCAAGUCCUUGGAUCGGACGCCGCUGAUUCCUCCGCUUUGAAGAUCGAACUUGACCAGCUCAAGUUUAAAAUCCAUGACCUUGAAUCCCGUGUCAACGAGAAAACUCAAGAAUUGAAGAGCAAAGAUGAUUUAAUAUCGCAGAAGGAGAAAAUCAUUCAAGAAAAUUCUGAUAGUAUUGUGUCUUUGCAGAACGAAAUAUCUUCCCUCCUGAAAAAGGGAAAACUAGACACUGCAGAACAGGUGGGAAAGGCACAUGCACGGGCAGGCGAACUGGAGAAGCAGGUUGAUAAACUUAAAAAGGAAUUGGAAACACAACAGAGGCAGAAAGAUGCUCUGGAAGCAAAAGCUAGUGAAGCUGAAAAGAAAAUAGGUGAAUUAAACUUGAAACUAGAGAAAAUGAAAGAAACGAACGUCAUUCUCAUCUUACAGCUACAGGAGGUUAGUGAUGAACAGAAGAACAAACUCCGCAAGACAGAGCGUGCUCUUAAAGUUGCUGAGGAAGAAAUGGUGAAGGCCAAGCUCGAAGCUUCCUCAAAAACUCAAGAGUUAAAUGAGGUUCAUGGUGCGUGGCUUCCACCUUGGCUUGCUGUACAUGUAGUCCAUUGUCAGUCUUUGGUCCAGACACAUUGGAAUGAGCAUGGAAAGCCUGCCAUGGACUUGUUUUUUGCAAAGGCCGUGGAGAAAAAAGCUCAUGCCAAAAAGUGGGCCAAACCCUACUUGGAAACAAUUAAAACUAAAUGGAUCCCAUCUGUGAAGGAGCAAUUGUUGCUGAUGAAAACUCAUGUUGAACCACAUGUGCAAACACUGACUGCAAAAACUAUUGAAGCUUAUGAAGCCUCAAAGACUACGUUGCAUCCACAUAUCAUUAAAGUGCAAGAAUUUGUAGAUCCAUAUUUUCAGGAAGCUAAGAAGUUCAGCAAGCCAUAUAUUGAUCAUGUUGCCAUGAAGACAAAACCCCAUGUUGAUAAGGUUAGGGUGGUUUUGAAGCCCUACACAAAGCAGGCAGUUCAUGCUUAUGGGAAAUUUUUGGAGUCUGCAACUACGUACCACCAUCAGGUGCAAGGCACUGUACAAGAAACACUUAAUAAGCAUGAGCUGACAAAACCUCUUGCCACCCAGGAGUUGAUCUGGUUUACGGCCUCUGCUUUAUUGGCCUUACCCAUCAUCAUUUUGUCCAGAAUUAGUUCGGCUGUUUUCUGCAAAAAGGCAAACAGACCUACAAAUGCUAACACCAGCCGCUCCCGCCGCAAGUCUAAACGGGGGUAUCCAGACAAGUAGAGUGCCAUGCGGUUAUGUGCUGGUUCUUUUCUUUCGAGAGCGAUCUUGAUUCAGUCUCUGUUGCUGAUGGGAAUUUGCCCUUUGCAUUGCCACUUGGUUCGACGAAGUUCAGUUCUAGUCAAGAAUUUCGAUGUUUUUGGAGCUCCUGCAUAUUUUCUUUUCUUUUAGUCACUGUGAAAAAUGUUUUAGAACCUUUUCACGCCGUAGAUUGAAAAAUCCUGAUAAUCGUUAGAUGUUAUGGGGUGUAAUUCUGUUAAUGUUGGUAGAGACUAGUUGUAAUCUUUAAUUUAUUUUGUUCGGGGAGUUUGUUCUUAAAUUACUGUUGAAAAAACUAGAAUGUACCUCUUAGUUUCAUUUAACAAUUGCUUUUAACGAGAGUGGACUGGAGCAGAGGCAUUUCGAGCCA